CCCUUGCUUGGCCUUCCAGUCAUGGCCAGCACCAGGACAUCCCUCCUCCUGUUGAUGGCCCUGGCUUCUACUCUCUGCUUCAACUUGGACACGGAGCAGCCAACCAUCUUCUCCGUGAACAGCGCUGGGUUUGGACACAGCGUGGUCCAGUAUGCCAGCUCCUGGGUGGUGGUCGGAGCCCCCCUGGAGACAACGGCUGCCAACCAAACAGGCGGCCUGUACGAGUGUGACUACAGCACCGGCCGCUGCAGGCCCAUCCCCCUGCAGGUCCCCCCGGAGGCCGUGAACAUGUCCCUGGGCCUGUCCCUGGCGGCUGCCACCAAGUUCCCUCGGCUGCUGGCCUGCGGCCCCACCGUGCAGCAUGCAUGCAGCAAGAACAUGCACCUGACAGGUUUCUGCUUCGAGUUCAAUUUCCCCUCCUGGCUUGCCAGGAGGGUUCCUUCUGCCCUGCAGGAGUGCCCGAAGCAGGAGCAGGACAUCGUGUUCCUGAUCGAUGGCUCAAACAGCAUCAAACGCAGGGACUUUCACAAGAUGCUGGACUUCGUGAAGGCUGUGAUGAGACAGUUCCCGAGACCCAGGACCCAGUUCUCUCUGAUGCAGUUCUCCAACAAGUUCCAGGAGCACUUCACUUUCAGAGAUUUCGCGCGCAGCCGAAACCCACUGGGCCUGCUGGAUUCUGUCUACCAGAAGGGCGGGGCCACUUACACGGCUUCUGCCAUACAGAGGGUCACAACCAGACUGUUCCGUGCUUCAGUGGGGGCCCGGAAGGAUGCCUCCAAGGUCCUCAUCGUCAUCACUGACGGGGAGAAAUAUAACGACCCCCUGGAUUACUAUGACGUCAUUUCCAGAGCCGAGGCCCUGGGCAUCAUCCGUUAUGCCAUCGGGGUGGGAUCGGCUUUUCAGGCUCUAAGCUCCUGGACAGAACUAACAAACAUUGCAUCGGAGCCUUCCAAUGAACAUAUAUUUAAAGUGGAAAAUUUUGAUGCUUUGAGAGACAUUCAAAACCAGCUGAAAGAGAAGAUCUUUGCCAUUGAAGGCACACAGACCACGAGCAGUAGCUCCUUUGAGUUGGAGAUGUCCCAGGAGGGCUUCAGUGCCGUGCUCAUGGCUGAUGGAGCCGUUCUGGGGGCAGUGGGGAGCUACAGCUGGUCUGGAGGUGCCUUGCUGUACCCCAAAAACAUGAGUCCCACCUUCAUCAACAUGUCUCAGGAGAAUGUGGACAUGAGGGACUCUUACCUGGGUUACUCCACUGAGCUGGCCCUGUGGAAGGGGGUGCAGAGCCUGGUCCUGGGGGCCCCCCGCUAUCAGCACACCGGGAAGGUCAUCCUCUUCACCCCGGUGUCAGGGCAAUGGAGUGUGACACAGAAAGCUGAAGUCACGGGGACACAGAUCGGCUCCUACUUCGGGGCCUCCCUGUGCUCUGUGGACGUGGACGGAGACAGAAACACAGACCUGGUCCUCAUCGGGGCCCCCCAUUACUAUGAGCAGACCCGGGGAGGCCAGGUGUCCGUGUGCCCCUUGCCCCGAGGGCGAGCCAGCUGGCAGUGCGUGGCUGUCCUCCGUGGGGAGCGGGGCCACCCCUGGGCGCGCUUUGGGGCCGCGCUGACCGUGCUGGGGGACGUGAAUGGGGACAAGCUGACGGAUGUGGCCAUCGGGGCCCCGGGAGAGCAGGAGAAUCGGGGUGCUGUCUACGUGUUUCACGGGACCUCAGAACAGCGCAUCAGCCCCUCCCACAGCCAGCGGAUCACGGGCUCCCAGCUCUCCCCCCGGCUCCAGUACUUCGGGCAGUCGCUGAGCGGGGGCCAGGACCUCACAAGGGACGGGCUGGUGGACCUGGCCGUGGGGGCCCAGGGGCACGCCCUGCUGCUCAGGACCAGGCCUGUGCUCAGGACAUGGGUGAGGAUGCACAUUGCCCCUUCAGAGGUCUCCAGGGCUGUGUUUGAGUGUCAAGAGCAGGUAGCCCGUGUCCGGGAACUGGGUGAAGCCACCAUCUGCCUGAAAAUUUAUGAAAGUUCCAAGUACCAGCUGGCUGACCUCCAGAGUUCUGUGAUCUUUGACUUGACCCUCGACCCCGGCCGCCUGAAUCCCCGAGCAGUUUUUGAGAAGACAAAGAUGCGGAAUCUGACCCUUGUCCAGGACCUCGGACUGGGUCAGCACUGUGAGACCGUGAAGUUGCUGCUUCCGACCUGUGUGGAAGACUCGGUGAGCCCCAUCAUCUUGCGUCUCAUCUUCUCCCUGGAAGGCAAGCCCAUCCCUUCCUCCAAAAACCUCCAGCCAAUGCUCGCUGUAGAUGAGCAGAGAUACUUCACAACCUCUCUCCCCUUUGAGAAGAACUGUGGGGCUGACCACGUGUGCCAGGAUGACCUCGGCAUCUCCUUUGACUUCCCUGGCUUGAACACCCUGUUGGUUGGGAGCAACCUGGAGCUAAGCAUGAGAGUGAGAGUGUGGAAUGAUGGCGAGGACUUGUAUGGAACCACGGCCACCUUCUCCUACCCGGCAGGGCUGUCUUACCGGCGUGUGACAGGGGACCAGGCCCAGCUGCAUUCACGCUCCCUGCGCCUGACAUGUGACAGCACCCUGGCCCGGAGCCAGGGCACCUGGCUCACCCGCUGCAGCCUCAACCACCUCAUCCUGCGUGAGGGUGUCCAGAUCACCUUCAUCAUUACCCUUGACGUCUCCCCCAAGGCCAUGCUGGGAGACCACCUUCUGCUAAGCGCCAAUGUGAGCAGUGAGAAUAAGAGCCCCCAGACCAGGAAGACCACCUUCCAGAAGGAGCUCCCAGUGAAGUAUGCUGUCUACACUGUCAUCAACAGCCAUGAACAAUCCACCAAAUAUCUCAACUUCUCGGCCUCAGAGGAGGAGAAAAGCAGCGCAAUCCAGCACAGAUUCGAGGUGAACAACCAGGGACACCGGGACCUGCCCAUCAGUGUUAACUUUUGGGUGCCAGUGGAGCUGAACCACGUGGCAGUGUGGACAGAGGUGAAGGUCAUCCACGCCCAGAAUACAUCCAUUCAGUGCUCCGCAGAGAGAACGGAGCCCACGGUGGCUGACUUCCUGACCCACAUGCAGAAGAACCCCGUGCUGGACUGCUCCGUUGCUGGCUGCCUGAGGUUCCGCUGUGACAUCCCCUCCUUCGGUGUCCAGGAGGAGCUUGGCUUCAUCCUGAAGGGCAACCUCAGCUUCGGCUGGGUCAGCCAGACGCAGCAGAAGAAGGUGCAGAUCGUGAGUAGGGCUGAAAUCCUGUUCAACGGAUCCACGUAUUCCCAGUUUCCAGGGCAGGAGGCAUUUCUGAGGGCCCAGGUGGAGACGGUGCUGGAAGAGUAUGAGGCUUCUUCUGCCCAACAGGUUGGCUUCUUCAAACGUCACUACCAGGAUAUGAUGCAGGAAGCAAAUGGACAAACCGUCCCAGGAAACGGGAUGUCAGCCCAGUAA